CUCCUCCUCCUCCUCCUCCUUCUUCUUUCCCUUCUCCUGUACAAGUAUUGCAGAGGAGGACAUGCGGUUGCGCAUGCAAUUACUGUCAAGAUGGCUUCCGAAUCCCACUCAAAUUCUGUGCCCUCUGAAAAGCCAGUCGCCCCUGCUGCUUCUGCACAGUCGAAGGGCCUUCCAAACACAACCACUGAACCAACUGCCUCGAACAGCGAGCGCGAGCCCAGAAAGCGCGACUUCGAUUCCGGUCGCGGCAGAGGCCGGGGACGCAACGGCGGUACCAGAGGCGGGAGAGGCGGGAGAGGCCGCAAGAACGACUUCUCCAAGAAGGAUUCCAACGACCGACGAGGAGACAAGCGCGAGGCCCCGACUGAUUGGCGAGAGCGAAAACGCCAAAAGGUAGACGAGAGUGGCCGUCGCGUUGGCACAGGCGAGGAUGGGCAGAGCUACAUGAGCAUACAGUUCUCUAAGGAAGAAAAGGACGCCGAAGAGCGCAGACCGAAGCGCAAGGUCGCCGUCAUGAUUGGAUACGCUGGCACUGGUUACCAUGGCCUGCAGAUCAACCACAAGGAAAAGACCAUUGAGGGAGAUCUGUUUGGCGCAUUCGUCACUGCCAACGCUAUCUCCAAGGUCAACGCAGACGACCCCAGGAAAUCGAGCCUCGUGCGAACCGCGAGAACUGACAAGGGUGUACACGCCGCCGGUAACGUCUUGUCCCUCAAGCUUAUCAUCGAGGACCCAGACAUUGUCCAGAAGAUCAACGAUGCCUUGCCCCCCCAGAUCAGAGUUUGGGGCAUCCAGAGAACCAACAACUCAUUCAGCUGCUACCAGGCCUGUGAUUCGAGAUGGUACGAGUACUUGAUGCCAAGUUACUGCUUGUUGCCCCCGCACCCCGAAAGCUUUCUGGGCAAGAACGUCCUCGAGUCGUUGAAGGAGCACGGGAAGGAGCACGAAUAUGCCACCCGGAUGUCUGACGUCUUGGGCUACUGGGAGGAUGUCGAGAAGAACGAGAUCCAGCCCAUCAUCGACGGUUUGGAACCUUCAGUCCGCGAGCGCGUCUUGAAGAAGCGCCAUGCUGCUGAGACGGAGAGCAAGGGCAGCAAGAUCUCCAAGAUAGAGGAGCCGGUCGACCAAGACACGGCGGACGCUCCUUCUGCCGAAGCCGCCUCGGCAGAAGCCCCCGCGACUACUGAAACUGCAGACGUUGUGAUGAGCACAUCAGAGGAGACACCAACGGAGCCACAGCCUACCGACAAGCCACAAGAGCCGAAGCAACCGAACCCCGUUGACGUUGCUUUGAAGCAGAUCAAGGCCGCCUACGUAGCAGCAAAGCGCCGCUAUCGCGUCUCUCCUGAACGCCUCAAUCAGCUCCAAGAGGCCCUAAAUCAGUAUCUGGGCACGAAUAACUUCCACAACUAUACUGUUCUCAAGAAUGCUUCUGAUCCGUCCGCAAAGCGAACUAUCAGGUCUUUCGUUGUCAAUCCUGAGCCAAUCCAGAUAAACGAUACGCAAUGGUUGUCCAUCAAGGUUCACGGCCAGUCUUUCAUGAUGCACCAAAUCCGCAAAAUGAUGGGAAUGGCCGUGCUUGUCACUCGGUGUGCAACAGAUAUUGAGCGCAUGGCACAGAGCUAUGGCAAUGACAGGAUAGCCAUCCCCAAGGCGCCGAGUCUGGGUUUGUUGUUGGAACGUCCUGUUUUCGACAACUACAAUCAGAGGGCUGUAGGUAACUUAGAGAAGCCCGCCAUCGACUUUGCAAACUACGAAAAGGAGAUUCAGAAGUUCAAGGACGAUUUCAUUUACCAGCGCAUUUACGAUUUAGAGGAGAAGGAAAACUCGUUCCAUACUUUCUUCCACCAGAUCGACAAUUUCAAGUCGGAUUACUUCCUCUGGGUAACAGCUGGUGGUAUCGCUGCCGCGCAUCAGCGCGUCGGACAGGCUGAUGACAUGCCUCAAAGCCUGAAAGAGGAGCUUGGUGACGAAGACGAAGCUGCGGACGGCGGGGAAGAAUAGAGGACGACUUUGCCAAUCUGUGAGACUCUGAGGCUCUGUAGGUUGUCGUGAAUGAAUGGCACCGACCACCCGAUAGUUGCGCCAUGCAUAUGGUGAAUUAAAAAAGUGCAAUACACCCUACAGU